AUGUCUCAUACCCCUCAAGAGACAGAGACCAAACCAGUGCACACCAUAAUACUUGAUUCCUCACCGCUCCUUCUUAACACUCCCGGAAUUUCCACCCUCCUUGCGAACGGUCAUGUCUUGGUGACGACGUCUUCAGUCCUGGCCGAAAUCCGGGGCGAAGAGGCGAGAACAAGGAUCGAAACUCUUUACAAACCCUUCCUCACCGUUCGAUCGCCAAGGCCGGAGAGUGUCAAACGUGUCAAAGACUUUGCGCGCAAAUCUGGAGACGCCGCCGUUUUGAGCCAGACUGAUUUCGAGAUCCUCGCAUUAGCAUAUGAUAUCGAAUGUGAAAGAAAUGGAGGAGAUUGGAGGCUAAGAGCCGUCCCAGGCCAAAAACGCUUGAAUGGUACCCCACCGUCAAAGACAAAAGAGGAAGACGAUCAGUCCACUCCAACAGACAUCGACCUUUCGGGAACAAAUGAUGGAAAUGAAGUAGAAAGUCUUGCGGGGAAUAUCGAAAAGGAGAUUGAAUCGAUGACCCUGGGAGAUACAGCGCACCAAGGCCAGAUUUCAUCUGAACAGCCUCCCGAUCCCGCACCAUCGAGCCUCGAGGAAUCUGAAGGGACUCAGACCAAAGAGGAAACAUCGGAUUCGGAUGACGGCUGGAUCACACCUUCAAACAUAAAAAGGCGGCAGGCCAAAGAUGGGGCCGCCAGCAGCAAAUCUCAGACCGAAACAAAGCACGUGCAGGUGGCCACGAUGACGGGCGAUUUCGCCGUGCAGAAUGUGUUGCUUCAAAUGAACCUCAACCUUCUUUCCACCAAGAGUUGUCAGAGAAUUUCGCAAAUCAAACAAUUUAUCCUACGAUGCCACGGCUGCUUCUCAACAACCAAGGACACGACCAAACAAUUCUGUCCUCGCUGUGGAAAGCCCACAUUGACCAGGGUGAGCUGCACAAUCAAUGACAAGGGCGAGGUUAAGCUACACCUCAAAGCAAAUAUGCAAUGGAACACCAAGGGCAACGUAUAUGCCAUACCCAAACCAGUCAGCGGAAGCUCCAAUCAGAAAUGGAAGGGUCCCAGAUCAGGCGGAGGUCAAGGAGGCUGGGGUAACGAUUUGAUAUUGGCAGAGGAUCAGAAGGAAUACAUCCGAGCCAUGGCUGCGAUGAAACGUACAAAGGAAAAAGAUCUGAUGGACGAGGAUACUCUGCCAAGCAUUCUCACUGGGAACAGAGGACACACGUCUGGGCGGCCACGGGUAGGAGCAGGCAAAAGUGUCAAUUCCCAAAAGAGGUAG